AUGGACACCGAGUCCCAGUACUCGGGCUAUUCCUACAAGUCGGGCCACUCCCGCAGCUCCCGCAAGCACAGGGACCGCCGGGACCGCCACCGCUCUAAGAGCCGAGACGGGAGCCGCGGCGACAAGUCGGUGACGAUCCAGGCCCCAGGGGAGCCGCUGCUGGACAACGAGUCCACGCGAGGGGAUGAGCGGGAUGACAACUGGGGGGAGACCACCACGGUAGUGACGGGCACCUCAGAGCACAGCAUCUCGCACGAUGACCUCACGCGCAUCGCUAAGGACAUGGAGGACAGCGUCCCGCCUGACUGCUCCCGGCACCUGGGUGUGGCGGCGGGGGCCACGCUGGCGCUGCUCUCGUUCCUCACGCCGCUGGCCUUCCUGCUGCUGCCGCCGCUGCUGUGGCGCGAGGAGCUGGAGCCGUGCGGGACGGCCUGCGAGGGCCUCUUCAUCUCCGUGGCCUUCAAGCUGCUCAUCCUGCUGCUGGGCAGCUGGGCGCUCUUCUUCCGCCGGCCCAAGGCCUCGCUGCCCCGCGUGUUCGUGCUGCGCGCGCUGCUCAUGGUGCUCGUCUUCCUGCUCGUCGCCUCCUACUGGCUCUUCUACGGCGUGCGCAUCCUGGACGCCCGCGAGCGCAGCUACCAGGGCGUCGUGCAGUUCGCCGUGUCGCUGGUGGACGCCCUGCUCUUCGUGCACUACCUGGCUGUGGUCCUGCUGGAGCUGCGCCAGCUGCAGCCCCAGUUCACCCUCAAGGUCGUGCGCUCCACCGACGGCGCCAGCCGCUUCUACAACGUGGGCCAUCUCAGCAUCCAGCGUGUGGCCGUGUGGAUCCUGGAGAAGUAUUACCAUGACUUCCCCGUCUACAACCCUGCCCUCCUCAACCUGCCCAAGUCCGUCCUGGCCAAGAAAGUGUCUGGCUUCAAGGUGUAUUCCCUCGGAGAGGAAAACAGCACCAACAACUCCACGGGGCAGUCCCGGGCUGUGAUCGCAGCGGCCGCCCGGAGACGCGACAACAGCCACAACGAAUACUACUACGAGGAGGCGGAGCACGAGCGGAGGGUGCGCAAGCGGAGGGCCAGGCUUGUGGUGGCGGUGGAGGAGGCCUUCACUCACAUUAAGCGGCUGCAGGAAGAGGAGCAGAAGAACCCCAGGGAGGUGAUGGACCCCCGGGAGGCCGCCCAGGCCAUCUUUGCCUCCAUGGCCCGCGCCAUGCAGAAGUACCUGCGCACCACCAAGCAGCAGCCGUACCACAGCAUGGAGAGCAUCCUGCAGCACCUGGAGUUCUGCAUCACGCACGACAUGACGCCCAAAGCCUUCCUGGAGCGGUACCUGGCGGCGGGACCCACCAUCCAGUACCACAAGGAGCGCUGGCUCGCCAAACAGUGGACGCUGGUGAGCGAGGAGCCGGUGACCAACGGGCUCAAGGACGGCAUCGUUUUCCUCUUAAAACGCCACGACUUCAGCCUGGUGGUGAGCACCAAGAAGGUCCCAUUCUUCAAACUCUCCGAGGAGUUUGUGGAUCCUAAGUCGCACAAGUUUGUCAUGAGGCUGCAGUCCGAGACUUCAGUGUGACUGAGCAGCGGCAGGGGUGACGCCGGGGCUCCUGCGGGUCGGGGAGGGCUUGGCUCUCGCCUCCUGCCGCCCUGCCUCCUCCUGCUCCCGUUACUUUUACUUGAAUUGACUCCCCCGCCCCCACUGCUCCCCACUCCUCCUUAGUUCCCCUCCUUGA